UACCUCACCCAUUCCCAAUCCCCCCCAACCUCGCCCCUCUCCACUCUGUUCUUCCUCCCCAACAUACUUCGCGACCCCUACCUAUUCAAGAGUACGCUCACAAGGAAAUACCUUAUAAAAAUAAGUAAUUCUCUCCAGAAACCCUAGUUGCAGCAACCAGAGAUUCACUCCGAUCACAAAUUCGGGGAGGGUGGUGGAUUCGGCCUUCUUCAAAAGUUCCCUUCCGCUGACGGUGCCAUAUCAACGACCAAUUCCACACUUUGUGGAGCGGCUCUCUCUCUCUCUCUCUCUCGCUCUCGCGCUCGCACUCGCAGUCGCAGGCACAGACGCACGGAAUUUAGAUUUGUAGAAUGAGGCCUCAGAUAGUGUUGUUUGGAGAUUCAAUCACAGAGCAAUCUUUCAGACGAGGUGGUUGGGGAGCAGCUCUUGCCGACACCUACUCUCGAAAGGCUGAUGUAGUCGUUCGUGGAUAUGGUGGAUACACAACUAGAUUGGCUCUGUUCCUUUUACAUCGCCUUUUCCCACUUGAAUGCACAAACCCUCCUGUUGCCACCACUAUUUUCUUUGGUGCUAAUGAUGCAGCACUUUUGGGUAGGAAUAGUGAACGUCAACAUGUGUCUGUUGAAGAAUACAAGGAGAACCUCAGAAAGAUAGUUCAACAUUUGAAGAAAUGCUCCCCCACCAUGCUGGUUGUGCUUAUCACGCCACCCCCAGUGGAUGAAGAAGGUCGCUUGGAAUAUGCAAGAUCUGUGUAUGGUGAAAAAGCAGUUGAAGUGCCAGAAAGGACAAAUGAAAUGGCAGGAGUUUAUGCAAAGCAAUGCGUGGAAUUGGCUAGGGAACUUGGUCUUCCUUCUAUUGAUUUAUGGUCCAGGAUGCAGGAAACAGAGGAGUGGCGAAAAAAAAUUCUAAGUGAUGGGUUGCACCUAACAGAAGAGGGGAAUGCAGUUGUCCACCAAGAAGUGGUAAGAGUGUUCAAUGAAGCAUCCUUCUGUGCCUCGGCAAUGCCAUAUGAUUUCCCCCACCAUUCUGAAAUCGUCAAUUGGAAGGAUCCUUCGACUGCUUUCGGACAACAAUUCUUAUGAUCUUUAAUCUUCCAUUUCUUUAAGUUAGUUUAUAUGUUUGAAGAGUAUAUGGAACUGUUUUUGCUAUUCAUAAUUAAAAAGAAGGAAAAUAAAAUUAUGUCGUCAUAAGCUUGUGGCUAAUUUGUUGUGGUGCAUCAGAUUACAUUCAACACUUAUUAUAAUUAGUCAUAACCGUCAAUCUUUUUGUGUGGAUA